GGGAAGGGGAUGUGCUGCGUCGUGAUAGUGCGGAUGCGAUUCGAUUUUCGUGAAUGCGUUUGAUUUCGCUGGGUCGCGACUGUUUGUUUGCCACAUCAAUGUCCCUACUGCAGAGUUUGAAUUAUGUAGGCAUUUCAUGCGAUUUCUCGUCUGAACGCAACCAUCAACACACGCUGUUGGAAUGGAAUCUAGGUUGAUCGCAUCGGAAGGCUGGGAUAAUCCAUAAACAUCCCAGCUCUUAUUGUAUGGAAUAAUAGGGUGGUUCAUGCUUUGGAUGAAAUUGAGAUACUGGCUUCAGAACACAUGUCACUUGCAUAUUCCUUUGGGGUUGGGUGAUCACCGCCUUUGGGGUAUUGUGGUGGCAGAGGCAAGGGAGGACCAUUGGUUCUUGUUCUGCCUUGUAGUCAUGUACAUCUUGUGAUUGCAGAGCUUAUCAACAUGAGCGGAGCCAGCCAGACAUAAUUACCAGGAUGAUGGGUUCUUCCACUUCGUUUCAGUUGUCUAGGUCCAAGUAGUUCGUUUCGUGAGUUAUCCAAAGUUGCGCCGCAAAGAUGAGUACUGCUAAUCGCUACCAACACAUCAAGUCAACUAAGCCUGUUGUAGGCAAAGCAAGAAAAUUGAAGGAUCUCAUGAUAAAAAGUGACAAUAGGAUAUGUGCUGACUGUGGUGCACCUGAUCCCAAAUGGGCAUCUGCUAAUAUUGGAGUGUUUCUUUGCUUAAAAUGUGGAGAUGUUCAUAGGGCACUUGGACCUGACAUCUCAAAGGUUUUAUCUGUAACUUUGGAUGAUUGGUCUGAUAGUGAUAUCGACUCCAUGGUUGAGGUUGGUGGAAACUCAUAUGCAAAUUCAAUUUAUGAGGCUUUUCUUCCAAAAGAUCACCCAAAACCCAAACCAGAUUCAACGAUGGAAUAUAGGACAAAAUUUAUAAGAGCUAAGUAUGAGACACAAGAUUUUUUGAAGCCAAGUUUGCGCAUUUCAUCAAGAUCAUCUUUUAAAUCUACCACUUCUGUGAAGAGUGUAGAUAGCAAUUUCUCUAGCACUUCAAGGAAGGAUGUCUUUGAAGAUACAAGAGAAUUUGUUGGAGAGUUGAAUAUCACACUGGUCAAAGGCACCAACUUGGCCGUUAGAGACAUGCUAACAAGUGAUCCAUAUGUUGUUUUAACGCUCGGAGGGCAGAAAGUUCAAUCAACGGUUAAAAAAAGUGAUCUGAAUCCGGUAUGGAAUGAAGUGCUUAAGAUAUCUGUUCCUCGAAAUUAUGGACCUCUAAAACUUGAAGUGUAUGACCAUGAUAUGUUCUCAGCUGAUGAUAUCAUGGGUGAAGCAGAGAUAGAUCUCCAGCCAAUGAUCACAGCCGCCAUGGCCUUUGGAGAUACUUCACGUCUUGGUGACAUGCAAAUUGGGAGGUGGUUCAUGACCAAAGACAACGCCCUGAUGAAAGAUAGCACGGUGAAUGUUGUGGCAGGUAAGGUAAAACAGGAGGUGCACUUAAAGCUACAGAACGUAGAAUCAGGUGAGUUGGAGUUGGAGCUAGAAUGGGUUCCGAUCCUCUAGACUAAUGAUAACUCCCCUGAUCUUUGUCUAAAAAUCUAUACUCAAGAUGCAUCGAUGUUUCCAAGCUGUCCACUUGAUGGUCUUGGACAUUUUUGCUGGAUGGUUUGAAUUUGUUAAAAAUGUCACUGUAGAAUAUCAUGGUGUAACUGUCGGUUGUACUCGCGCCUUUCACCCCCCUCCCGGUAACUGGUUAUCAUGCCUUGUAAGCACUCGCUGUCUCUUGAUUGUUGUUGCAUUGUCCCAUUGAAAGGACCUGUGUCUUGUAAGAGAUGGCAAUUAUAGCCAGUGAACUCUUUGUGCUGAUGCCAUGUUGGCGCUGUAGUAGCUAAUCGGGUUGUUGGUUCUCC